UAUUGGUUAAGUUAAAUAACUCUUUUUUGGUGAUUCUGAUUCUGUUUUAUGUCUGGAAUUGGUUAAGUCCAAGAAGAGAGUUCAUGUUCACGUUCAUUUCUGGUUGUGAUUUUCACUAAAUUAUAUCGAGAUCUGCAUAUAGGUUGCAACAAUUUCUGAUUUUUUAUUCUGGGUUGGCUUCAGAAUUCCAUAACUCCAGCUGGGUUUGUCUUACCAAGAGCUUCUGGAGAAACGGAUUUUGAUGAUAAUUUUUCCAUUCACUUGCUGCUUUGCUAUUUCUGGUAAAUUUGCAGGGGGGAUUGGAGCAAAAUGAAUAUGCGGUAUACAAUGUGAAGUCUUUGUGAUUUUCUUGGCGAUACUAAGAUGGGAAAGGAGGGAAAAAUUUCUCAGUAUAGAGAGAGGCUUGACAGGACAUUGGCAUCUCCUGAAUUGACGAAUGAGGAGACCCUUAGAAAUCUAGUGAAAAAUCAGCUAAAUUCUUCCGGUGAUGGAUUUGGAGAAUGUAGUGAAAGUGUAGUACAGAGGAAGACGGUGGAAGUUUCCAAGUUUCUUGACAUGUUGAGGAGUGCUUCUGUAGAUGAUGAUGGGGUUUCAAAAGCUAGCGAGGGAUCACAUCGUGAAUGGAAAUUAAAACAGGAUAAUGAAGAGUUCCGUGUUAUGUAUCGUGAAGGACCUGAGGGCACUCCUCUUCAUUCAUUACUUGUUGAAGGCUAUGUAGAGGGGCCCGUAGAUGCUUGUUUAUGUGUCUCUUGGGAGUCAACCCUCUACAGGAAAUGGUGGCCUCAGUAUAAUUUUCCGACGUUCAAAAUCACUGCUUUACAAUGUUUGCAAAAGGUCCGGAUUUGUGAGCAGAUAUCUUUAGUGAGAAUGAAGGUUACUUGGCCGCUGUCUGCCAGAGAGGCUAUUGUGCACUAUUUUAUGUUUGAGUAUUUUCAAGAUGAUCUCAUUGUUCUUCUAUUUAACACGAUUGAUGAUGUGAAGAGCAUUGAUAAAAAUACUCAUGGGUUCACUAAUGAUGGAAUUCCUGAAGCAAAAGAUGUGGUAAGGAUUGAGGUGGUGGGAGGCGUUGCUAUACAAAAGGUGACCCAGGAAAGAAGCUACUUUAGGACAAUAGCACGUAUGGAUGUGAAGGUUGACUUUGUCCCUCCUUCCCUCAUAAAUUUUAUUUCAAGGCAGCUCAUCGGAAGUGGUUUCAGGCUCUAUCAAAAGGCAGUGGCUUCUGCAUUUAGUGAUAGUGAAGAGUACAGCAAGGCCUUGAAGGAGCCACUUUAUGCCCGAAUACGUGAAGUUCUUUAUUCCAGGAAGGAGUCCAAGGAAACUUGGAAAACUGAAGAGCCAAAGAAUGAUACAUCUAUUCUGCCUGAAGAAAAUCUGAUAGAAGACAUGCAAGAUGGCCCAAGUGAUGCUGAACAGAAUGUUAUUAGCAUUAACCAUGCCUGUGAAUCUUCGCCAAACAAUGCAUUAGUUACAGAUAAAAAGCUUGUUGUUGAGAUUGAUGAGUCUCUGAGAGAAAAGGAGCUCAGGCAUGAUUCCUGUAUUAUGCCGGAAGAACAUCUUAUUGGAGGUAUGCAGGAUGGCCUGAGUGAUGUUGAACAGAAUGCUCAUAACGUGAACCAUGCCAGUGAAUCUUUGCCCAAUGAUGCACAAGUUACAGAGAGAAAAGCUGUCAAUGAGAUAGAGGAAGAAGAAAGCGAGGAAAGCACGUACUUAGAGGAGAGUGACAAAGAUAUGGAUCAAUCCUUUGCCGAUAAGAUCCCAGAAAAUUGUCAUGUGAAUGUCAAAACAAAUGUUUCUAUCAGUCCUCGUGUGCAACAAGCUCUACAAACAUUAGAGAAGGCCAUACAUAUUGUUCGUGAACAUGGGUUUAAUGGCCAAAGCAGUCCAUCCCUUCUUCUUACCAAUAAAAAGCCUCCUAACACGGAAAAGGGUGACAAUAAAGACACAAAUUCUUCAGAAGAUGAAGUCUGUACAAAAGUUGAGGUAUCCAAAAAAGAAACAGUAGAGAAAACUGGUAAUGAAUCGAGAAAUAGCUCUGGAAUUCAAGAUGACAGGCAAGCCGGAUCAAAUUCUUACUUAAGGGAAGUGAACCAUAAUAGGAUAGCGCCAGCAUCACCAGAAGAUGAUCUUCCAAAUCUGGGUGAGACCAACCAGGUUUCUUUGAGUUCCUCCCAGAAUGGGACUAUGGUAACAACACCUGUUUCAGACCAAACCAUGCAUGCUAAUAAUAAGCAACCAAACACAGAAGCAAAUGUCAUCCAUGAAAACUAUAUCAAUGAAAAGAAGAAAUUAAGCCGGCGAAAAAAGCAUUGGAUCUGUUGCUUCUUCCCCUUGAAUUCUGCUUAAUUUAUGACUUAGAAGAAGAAGCUUUUCAGCAUCAAUAAAUGACUGCAGAUACCUGAGAAUGAAUCUGUAACAUGUUACACAAAAUCUUGCUUUCAGACUACACUUUGUUUUAUACAUUUCUCUGAAGCCUUUUUGUCACCCCAUUCGGGGAUGUGUUUGUAUUUAUAUUUAUAUUUAUAUUUAUAUUUUUUUUUCUUAGUAGAAU